AUGAGUUCUCAGCUGCCUGCGAACCCGGGCGGGGCCGACUACGCCUCGAAGCUCGCCUCUCUCCAUGCGCGCAUCCAGAAGGAGCGCAAGAUCCUCGAAGGCUUCCAGGCGAUGCGAAAUGCGACGCAGAACCAGGACGUCAUCCGGACUUGCGACGCCAAGAUUCGUGAGGCUCAGCGGACAAUCGGAUGGUUCGAGGACAGCGUGCGCGAGCUCGAGGGUCGACGAGCGGCUGCCACUGGAGGAGGGAGGAGCAGUCCUGCGGCGAUGGAGGACCCGAGGAACCGCCCGCUGCCGUCGAGACCGCCGCCUCCGCCUGGCGCUGCGCCAAGCUACGUCCAGCCUCAGGCCUACGGUGCGAACCCAGCCAUGCACGGUCGUGUUGAGGCGAGAGAUGCGGCGAGUGCGGGUGGACCUGGCGGAAUGGCGCUCUUUGGCGGAGCAAAGGCCAAGGAGCAGUUCACGAAUCUCGAUCUCAUCAAGGCCGACACGCCGCUCACGACAGCCAAGAUAUCGCGCAUGUUGCACCAGCUCGAGUUCAAGCUGCAUGUCGAGCGACAGUACAAGGAGGGCAUCGACAAGAUGGCCAAGCUCUACAUGGCUGACGGCGACCGGAAGGCCCGCGCCGACACGGAGAACAAGCGUGUCGAGUCGAAGCAGAAGAUGGUCCUGUUGAGCCAGGCUUUGAAGAAGUACAAGACGCUGGACGUCAUGGGAGAGCUGGGGGAGGAGGACGACGGUAUCGCUGAGGACGCCAAGGCCAACCUUCGACGACCUCUUUCUGGCGCUCUCCAGAUCACGAUCAAGUCGGCUCGCGAACUCGCCCACGCCCCCCAGCCGAAGAGGUCGAAGCACGCCUCCGAGACCGUCAUCUACGUCAAGGUCGAAGACACGCCUCGAGCACGCACGCACGGCUCGCGCAACGACCGCUGGAACGAAGACUUCGAGAUCCACGUCGACAAGGCGAACGAGGCCGAGGUUACCAUCUACGACAAAGUGCCGGGCGAAGGCGCGCCCGUCCCGAUCGGCAUGCUUUGGCUGCGCUUGAGCGACAUCGUUGAGGAGCUCAGGCGCAAGAAGAUGGGCGCCGAGGCGGGACCGGGCUGGGUCACGGCUGCGAGAGUCACGCAGGGAAGCGGCGGAAGCGGGAGCAGCGCGCAGAUGAACGACGUCCCGGUCGGCGGGCUCAACCGCGAGGAGAGUCUCGCCGGAACAUUUGGCGUCGGAGGACCGGGCGUGAAGGGCGAGGGCAUCGACGCCUGGUUCGCCGUCGAGCCUGAGGGCGCCAUCCAACUUCACGUCAACUUCGUCAAGUCGAACGUCCGGAAACGCCCCUACGAUGCGGGAGGUCUCGGUCGUCAGGGCGCCGUUCGCAAGCGCAAGGACUCAGUUCACGAGCAGAACGGCCACAAGUUCGUCCAGAAGCAGUUCUACACGGUCGUUCUGUGCGCACUGUGCGGCGAGUUCCUCUUGAAGGGCGCCGGCAUGCAGUGCGAGGACUGCAAGUACGCCUGUCACGCCAAAUGCUACCACAAGGUCGUCACGAAGUGCAUCUCCAAGAGCAACACGGAUGCGGACAAGGACGAGGAGCAGAUCAACCACCGCAUCCCUCACCGCUUCGAGCCAAUCACCAACAUCUCGCCGAACUGGUGCUGCCACUGCGGUCUCGUCCUCCCGCUUGGCCGGAAGCAUGCCCGAAAGUGCUCGGAGUGCGGCGUUACCGCCCACACCGACUGCAUCCACCUCGUCCCCGACUUCUGCGGCAUGUCGAUGGAAAUGGCCAACAAGCUCCUCUCGGAUAUCAAGACGAUCAACAGCAGUCGUCGUGCAGGCGUGACCAAGCUCACCCCGGCUAUUCGUCCUAUCCCGUCCGAGCGGAUCCAGACUAUCCCGCAGCCGCCGCAGACCCCGACAUCUGCCUACGGUCAGCGUCCUCCGGUCCCCGCCUACGACAUGCGCGCGCAGCAGCAGCUCCCCGCCGAGGUUGGCCGUCUGAGCCUUUCGAACGACCAGCAGCAGCAGUCUGCGUCCCGCAUUCCGCCUCCCGCGCUCGACUCGUAUCCGCAGCGCCAGCAGCAGCAGUCCCUGCCCGAACAGCAACAGCCGCCCAUCGCCGCACCUCCGCGGCACUCGUCGGCGUCGACGGUCUCGUCUUUCGGCAACGACGCGCGCGACUCGAUCGGCUCCGUAUUCGGCGCCUACGCGAGCGAUGCUGGUCGACCCGUUCAGCAGCAGCAGCAGCUUCAGCAGCCUCAGCCGCCAUCCUUCCAGCCUUACAAGCAGCCGCAGCAGCAGCCUUAUGGCGCGCCGCCGCCGCCCGCGCAGGCCCAGCCCUACCCGUCUGCCGCAACGGCUCCGCAGAAGCCGCAAGCGCCUUUCCCGCAGCAGCAGCCCCAGCAGCCGUACCCUCAGCGCUUCCAGCAGCCAGCACCUCCAGCUUCGACUCAGCCCAGCCAACUCUACCAGCAGCCCGCCGCCCGCAUUCCUCCGCCUGCUCAGCAACAGCCGCCGACGUACGGUGGACCGGCGUACCCGCAGGCGCCGCAGCAACAGCCGCAACAGGUCGUCCGUCCGCCUCCUCAAGAAGUCGCCGCGCCUGUCGCAGCUCCGCCGCCCGUGCAGCAGCAGCAACAGCAGCAGGUUGCGCCGCCGCAGCCCGCUCGCCAGCGUCGCAUCGGUCUCGAAGACUUCAACUUCCUCGCCGUCCUCGGCAAGGGCAACUUUGGCAAGGUCAUGCUCGCUGAGGAGAAGCGGAGUGCGCAGCUUUACGCCAUCAAGGUUCUGAAGAAAGAGUUCAUCAUCGAGAACGACGAGGUUGAGUCUACCAAGUCGGAGAAGCGCGUCUUCCUCGCCGCCGCCCGCGAACGUCACCCCUUCCUUCUCGGUCUUCACUCCUGCUUCCAGACCGAGACCCGCAUCUACUUCGUCAUGGAAUACGUCUCCGGAGGCGACCUCAUGCUUCACAUCCAGCGCGAGCAGUUCACGCCGAGGCGCGCCAAAUUCUACGCGGCUGAGGUCUUGCUGGCUCUCGAGUACUUCCACAAGAAUGGCAUCGUCUACCGCGACCUCAAGCUCGACAACAUUCUCCUCACCCUCGACGGCCACAUCAAGAUUGCCGACUACGGUUUGUGCAAGGAGGACAUGUGGUUCGGCAAGACGACCUCUACUUUCUGCGGCACUCCCGAGUUCAUGGCGCCCGAGAUUAUCCUCGAGCAGCGGUACGGUCGCGCUGUCGACUGGUGGGCGUUCGGCGUCCUCAUCUACGAGAUGCUGCUGGGACAGUCUCCCUUCCGAGGUGACGACGAAGACGAGAUCUUCGACGCCAUCUUGGAAGACGAGCCGCUGUACCCGAUUCAUAUGCCGAAAGACAGCGUCAGCAUCCUCACAAGGCUUCUCACGAAGGACCCGACUCGCCGUCUCGGUGCGACGGAGGCCGACGCCGCCGAGAUCAAGAAUCACCUCUUCUUCAAGGACACGAACUGGGACGACAUCUUCCACAAGCGCAUCCCGAGUCCCUUCUACCCCAACAUCUCCUCAGCCACCGACACCUCCAACUUCGAUGCGGAAUUCACCUCCGAGGCACCUACGCUCACGCCGGUCCACUCGACGCUGUCGGCGCAGGACCAGAACGAGUUUGCCGGCUUCUCCUGGACGGCGACGUGGGCGCAGUAG